AUGAACGGGGCAAAACAAUGGCUCCGAUCUAUUGUCGCUUCGACUCUAACUUCUCCUAUUAAACGUGGAAAAUUGAACGCCGAAUCCAAAGUGCUUUGCGCGGGCGUUUUCUUUUUGUCCCCGCAUGCAUAUUGUAGCGAACGAGCGCGACUCCGCGGACCGUCAACGGCUCAAAGUGGCUCCGCGGGGGUUUGGGACCGGCCUUUGUCUCGUCCCCGCAAAGUUGCCAUAAAUGUUAAUAUGGGAUCUCACAUUUGA